GAGGAGGUGCAGACGAUUGUCGCCCGACAGGUGCAGGGCAAUGUCCAGUCUCUGGGCGGUCUUGAUGGCGGAUCGGCGGCUGGCAUCGGCGGCGGAAACCUCGGUCUGGGCGGCGGUCUGGGCGGCGGUCUCGGCGGCGGAAACGGCGGUCUCGGUGGUCUCGGCGGAGGACGAGGCGGUCUGGGCGGCGGUCUCGGUGGAGGUCUCGGCGGAGGACGAGGCGGCCUCGGUGGAUCCGGCGGCGGUCUGGGCGGCCUCGGCGGCGGCAUGGGCGGCGGCUACNCCCGACAGGUGCAGGGCAAUGUCCAGUCUCUGGGCGGUCUUGAUGGCGGAUCGGCGGCUGGCAUCGGCGGCGGAAACCUCGGUCUGGGCGGCGGUCUGGGCGGCGGUCUCGGCGGCGGAAACGGCGGUCUCGGUGGUCUCGGCGGAGGACGAGGCGGUCUGGGCGGCGGUCUCGGUGGAGGUCUCGGCGGAGGACGAGGCGGCCUCGGUGGAUCCGGCGGCGGUCUGGGCGGCCUCGGCGGCGGCAUGGGCGGCGGCUACGGUGGCGGACGAGGCGGUGGAAGCGGUGGAUACUAA